AUGCUAGAAACUCUAGCACGCUGCGACAAUUACGGCCAGCUGGCGGUAGGGCAUAACGGGCCCAUAGGUACAGGCUGUACGCAGCGAGCCCGCUGUGCUAACUACCAUGGACCACACGCCGCGACGGAUAAAAACUGUCCAGCGAAACCAUACUACUACCAAGGCAAGCUUAUCCAGCUAACAAGCAAGCAGCUGCAGAGUGUACGCAGAGCUGGACAUCGUGCCUACCAAAGAACCGGCCAGAACCAGGACAAAGGAGACACGGCUGCCGAGCCUAUUGUCAUCGCAGAAGAACAGCUAAGCCAAAAUAGUUCACUCACGCUCCAGCAGCCGCCACUGCGAGCUACGCAAUCAAGACAAGCAAAAAGAGCCCAACAAGAAGAGACACUAACAGGAACAGAUACCGCUACGGCCGUAAUCACGCCUAUAGACACGGAUACAAUUAUAGUCACAACUACAGCAUCCCAGAACCCUCAGAGCCGUCGCCCACGCCGUGCUGCAGCCCCAAGAGAGAGUCUAAGUCUAGCAGCACUCUCAACAAGAAGCCUAAGGACAGAGCAGACAGUGUCCACACCGACAGAAGCUAUGAUACAGGCUGGCCUAUCCUCUACUAUAGAAGAUACAGAAAUGAGUGAAGACGCACUGCAAUGGUAG